AUGUUGUCUACAACCCGCGCCUAUCGUGUUCUUGGGUUUAGACGGACAGCAGGCACCAAUCCUCAGCACCUGUUCUCGCCAGCUCGACAUCCACGGCCAGCACCAUCCCGCGAGCUUCAUCGAACAAGACUUCUCCGCUCAGGAAACUCGUCACAGAAUGCACCACAAUCUUCUGCCGAUCGAAUACCGUUCUCGUUUUUCUUUGAGCGGCUGCCCAACAAUUCGUUUACGGUGUCAUUCGCGGAGAAGGCGAAGAAAUAUAAGAAGGAACUUGAAGCAGUGUUGAUAAUCAUACAGUUGGCUUGGAUAGGAUUUGUAGUGUGGCGGACGGGAUAUGUACUGCUCCCCGACGCGGCACCUUACACUGGUCGCUGGCGCUUCAUUGAAGCUGUCUUCCAAUCGGAUCUCGAACACAAGCGCAUGAAAUCAAUUUGCGUGGCCCGGGCGCUCGGAGUAGGAGGUGAACCGUUGCCUAAGGAUCACCCCGUCGCCCGAAGGAUCUUCUCCAUCUGUCAGCGCAUUGUAGAUGCAAACGCUCUGGGUUAUCUCGUUGCUUUGGAUGGAACCUAUGAUGAUGAAAAGGAUGUGGCGGGAUCUACAAGCGCAGACAAUCAGUGGCGUCUCUUCGUAGUACACGGCGGAAAUUCAUAUGCUUCUUGCUCUGAGGACGACGCUACACUCAUUUUCAAUACCAACACUCUUCCUUUUGUGUCAGAUGAUGAUUCCAUCGCUGGAGUUAUUGCACAUGAGAUUGCCCACGGCCUUCUGAAGCAUUCAUCCGAGACUCGAGCCGUCAAUGAGCUAUAUAUCCUUGCUGGAGGCCUUUUUUUCUUCCUCAGGCCUCUCUUCGCGAUCCCAAUGAUGGCAAUCCAUGUAUGGAGACUAACGCUUCCGCAGCGAAUGGAAUAUGAAGCUGAUCGGGUAGGUACACUAUUACUCACUCGGGCAGGCUUUCAUCCCCGGGCGCUCAUUCGUUUCUUUCAAGCCGUUGAAGAGCACCAGAGGCUUGUGACGCUGGAUCAGCUCAUGGACUUGCUGACGCGUCCCAUCAAACCGCUUUUUCCCGUACACCCGCCGCGCACUGCUAGAAUCAAAGUUCUUGAGGAGUUUAUCAAGACGUUACCUGUCGAUGUGCCACCUACUCGGGCAUCUGCCACCAUCGAGGCUGAACAUGGUCCGCGUCCGACAAUCUUCUCUGCAUUCUCUGGAAAGGUAGAGCUCAGCGCCAUCAGCCGGGAGGAAUGGGAGGCGCAUGUGAAGCAGUUGGAACCCAUCGUGAUGACGCACCUGAUAGUUUUGGCCAUCAUCAUAGGUAGACGAGGCACAGAUGUUUCUACCACGAGAAUCAUGUAUGAGCGAGUCAAGAAGUCUUUCGAAAGGAUGUCGCAUCGACCUCGAGAUUACGAUCCAGCUUUCUUCGUCGCCUUACUUCUUGGGUCAGAGUUGUUCAAGGAUUACGACCAUCGUGUCCUUAAGGAAGCUUUCCAAUCAGUUGUGCUAGAUGCAUCCUAUUCGGCGGAAAGAGAGUAUGAAGCACUGAUCGAAUCAGAGGCCGAAAGGGCGCGCAGUGGCGCCGAUGCGUCCUAG